GUAAGCGUGCACUUUGUGUAGCCUUAAUGUAUCGUUUAACAACGUGUCCAGGAUGUUCAACAGUCUUGCGGUCAACGAUGGCUUAAUGCCAAAACUAGGAGAGGCUCGCAUCCUGUCCGCUCAGUUCAAAACAGACCCUUUUCCUCGUAAAGUCGAUUUAGGGGCAGGAGUGUACAAAGACGAGACUGGGAAACCGUGGGUGUUUCCUGUUGUACGUAAGGUGGAGAGGAUGAUGGCUAACGAGAGCUUCAACACACCUGUAGAGCCGUUUCAGAAUUUUGCCUUUGAGGAGGAAGCCAGGUCGUUUCUUCUAGGAAGAAACAGCGCUGCCGUGCACGAGAAGCGGGUCUGUUCCAUACAGUCAGUGGGCGGGACAGGUGCCCUCCGGCUAGCGGCGGAGUUCUGCCUCAGGUCCAUGCACCUUGACACUGUGUAUAUACCGGAGUUCUCCUGGGCCAACCAUGAGGGGAUUUUUCAUCAAGUGGGGUUUUGUGUGAAGAAGUACCGUUACUGGAGCACACAGAAGCAAUGUUUGGAUUUGAGCGGUCUCCUGGCGGAUGUGAAGAAGGCCAACAAAGGUUCUGUUAUCAUUUUCCACGCCUGUUCUCAUAAUCCCACUGGCACAGACCCAUCCUUGGACGAGUGGAGAGAAAUAGCAGAACUGUGCCAGACAGUGGGGUUGUUUGUGAUCAUUGACUGUGCUUACCAAAGUUUUGCCUCCGGGCACACGGAGAGAGACGCUCAGGCCGUGCGUCAAUUCGUGGACUUAAACACGGAGUUCAUGGUAGCACAAUCAUUCUCCAAAAAUUUUGGUCUUUACAACGAACGAGUCGGUAAUUUAUGCGUGAUUACGGGGCAAAGCGGCGGUGCCAUGGCGGCUAACAUCCGGGCACAUCUGGUUUCAUUGGCGGGAGAUUUGGGUCUGAUUCCGAGUCACCACGGAGCAGCCAUUGUGACGCAGAUCCUACAAGAUGUGCAACUAUACCAGGAAUGGCGUGAAAACGUGGAGACAGCCAUCAAGCGUUUGGGAGAAGUAAGACGUGGGCUCUACCAAAAGCUGACAGACCUCCAAACGCCGGGACAUUGGGAGCGUAUGCUUCAGCAGAGGGGAAUGUUCGCGUUUGUUGGAAUCAACGCUGCCCAAGUGAAGAGCCUCCGUGAGCUGUACCAUGUGUAUUUACUUAGAAAUGGACGUAUGUGCCUAGCUGGUCUGAACGAAAGUAACGUGGACUACGUGGCUGAGGCUCUACGGGAUGUCGUGCAGAACGUAUCAGAUGAUGCUAGACUCUGAAAAGACACUGAUUGUGAACACUUGUCAGUGCCCCUGUACUCUUUAAUUCGGAGACAAACCUUGGAUUUUGCCUGAAUCGUGUUCAUAUUUAACCUAAGACGGUCUUCUCUCCGCUACGCGUGGUUAACACAAUACAUCUAUGCAGAUUUGAAAUUCACGUUAAAAAUAAAACAAAAAAUACAUCACUGUACAAUGAAAGCCAGCUGUUGUAUUGUAAAGUAUACACACCAAAUGCCACAUUUUCUUGUUACACAGGUGUUUAUCUGGCCUUUACAUUUAUACAUUUGAUUAUACUGGAAGAAGAAGACACGUUACACGUUACGUAGCACUACUGAUGGAUGUCGAUUGAGUGUCCUUGGCGUGUCUGAAUUUGUCAUUGGUCUAAGAUUCUGUUACCCGAGACGACCCCCAUAUACAUGUACGAUAUAAAAGACUACUGCAUAUACCAUUUACAUACACAUACCACAUCGAGUGAUGAAGACAGCUGAACGGGCACUGGUUUUUGUCGGUCAAACCCGUUGUCUUAGGGACCGUAUCCAGUCAUCGUUCAAGGGCUCGGGGUGGCCGCCAUAUCGUGCCCACGAUGGCAACACGAAGGGUGUGAAUCGCUGGUUUCUUACACUGGACAGUUCAUCGUGCUUUCCCGCUGUGAAAACACGCGCCUCGCUCAAACAGAAAAUAGUUUCGGUCUGUCAGCAAGAGCAACACGUGGAUAGCGAUUGUUAUGGCGAGUGAAUUGUUGACUGGACGUCCUCGUACAAUAUAGAUGGACGCUUUAGCCAGUGUUGUAUUUCCUCAGAUACCGUUAUGUAUUAAAUUGAAGAAAGUA